AUGACUUCCACUGCUGUUAGAGUCGCAUUACGUGUACGACCUUUAACACAAAAAGAACAACUCUCCAACUGUACAGAAUGCAUAUCAUUUAUACCAAAUCAACCACAAAUCUUAAUCGGCAAAGACCACUCGUUUACGUAUGAUUAUGUGUUUGAUACAAAUUCAAUACAACAAUCAAUAUAUGAGACAAGUGUCGUACCCCUAGCAGAGAAAUUUGUUGAUGGUUUCAACGCAACUAUUCUAGCUUAUGGACAAACUGGAUCUGGAAAGACAUUCAGUAUGGGUACUGCCCUGGAUGAGCACACAGAUUCAGAUCAGCAAGGCGUUGUGCCUAGAUUCAUUUACGAUUUGUUCAACAGACUACACGACAAGAAACAAGCGCAAAAACUGCAGGAAUUUCAAGUCUUUGUGUCGUUUCUAGAACUCUACAAUGAAGAUUUUGUUGAUCUCCUCAACGCCUAUUCACAGCAAUCACACACCAACAAUAACAACAACACCAGAAAGAGAUCCAAUUCUGUAAGCCAUUUUGCUCCACCACCUUGUGAAGUCCAGAUUCGCGAAGAUGUACACGGCCAAAUUUAUUGGAGUGGUGUUCGCGAAGAACUCUGCUCAACACCAGAUGAGCUCUUGAGAUAUCUCACCAAGGGGUCCCUAUGUCGCACAACCGGAUCUACAGAUAUGAAUUCCGUUUCUUCUAGAUCACACGCCAUCUUUUCCGUCAUUCUAAAGCAGAAGGUGCCUGCCGCUGCUGAUGAAGAAGGUGACAGUUGCCAAGACCAGCAGAAACAAAAUCAAGCGGAUAAUACCAUUGUCAGUAAAUUUCAUUUUGUGGAUCUAGCCGGUUCUGAAAGAUUGAAACGCACCAAGGCAGAAGGCAAUCGCGCUCGUGAAGGCAUCUCCAUCAACUCGGGCCUGCUGGCACUGGGCAAUGUCAUUAGUGCAUUGGGUGACGAAUCCAGAAAAUCCGUCCAUAUUCCAUACAGAGACUCGAAGCUGACUCGACUAUUGCAAGAUUCACUAGGCGGUAACUCGCAGACGCUGAUGAUGGCCUGUGUCUCUCCAUCCGAUUCCAACUUUCUGGAAACACUAAGCACCUUAAAGUACGCCAAUCGAGCACGAAAUAUUAAAAAUAAAGUAACCAUCAACCAAGAAUUUGCUGGUUCGUCCGUUGAAGUCAACCAACUUCGAUCCCAAGUAGCAAGACUAAAAUUAGAGUUGAAUGCUCUACGUGGUGCCAGCUCGAGCCAUGCAGGAGGUGGUGGCAAUGGUGCUACGAAAUCAACAGCCACCUACAGCUCAUCUGAUAUGAUGAUCAACAACAUGCUCAAUGGUUCUCCUACGGCGGCUGCCAAGGUGCUCAAGGAAGAAAUUGACCGACUAAAGGCGCGUGUCAGACAAAUGUCGGAUGACAUCUGCAGAAUCACUACUGAAAGAGACUCGCUACAAAUGGAGCGAGAAUUGGCUCAACACAUGAACUCGGAAGACUGGCCCAACUUGAUGGAGCAGCUGCAGCAACGUCGAAGCUCAUCUGCCUCAUUGACAGACCAGGACACACCCCUUAGCUCGCUACCCAUCAUUGCGCAAUACCAAAAGGCAAUUCAAGACUUGAGAAAUGAACUUACCGACACGCAAGAAAGACUUGCCUUUUCAGAAUCAAUUCGUGCACCUCUGAUGCACGCUAUGGCUAUCCCACCAAGCGCCAAUGUCACCCCACAAACCUCCUUCAGAACGCAUCAGCAGCAAUAUCCUUCAAUCACGACUAACAACAACAACAACAACAACAACAACAGGCGUCGUGGUACUGGUAAAAAGAGACGCACACACAAUGGCAGCAGCACAACUACGUCUAGAAAUGUGACAUUCAGAUCAACAAGGCGCUCCAAAGUGCCCAACAUGCCUACUGUUGCUGGAGCCAAUAUGACGACCAAGUUGUCUGCAGCUUUAACAGCUGAGGACAAACAAAGCAGCAACUUGAACAGCAACGAUGACGAUGAGCAAGACAUUCAAGAAUGGCUCAAGGCAACCAUGGGCUCUAUUCAAACAUCCGAAUCCUCUGGGUUAAGACUAGAUGCUAAAAACUCCAUCUCCAAUGCCAGAGCGCAGAUCGAUAAAGCCUUGAAAGUGCUGGAUGAGUUCAAGAUCAAGGAAUCUGAGCCUGAAGCAGAAGAUCAGGUUGAAUACGACUGUGAUCUCUUGAAUGAUGAUGAGUUGUUCAUCAAGCUACAAUCAGAUGAUAUCCAGAGCUUGUUUGGCGAACUGGAGGAAGAGAUCAAAGCGGCGUCUCCUUUACAAAAGGAUGAAACCCCUUCAAAGAUGCCUCGUUACAGAAUGGCCUCCACUGACACAACGAUGACGGAGGACAAUGACCUUGCCGAGUUCUAUGAAAACAACCCUCAAUUGCACCGCAUGCUGAAUCAAAUCCAAUCCGACAUUCAAGUCAAUGAGGAUCUGGUGCUUCAACUGGAAAAGACAGAAGUGGAAUACAGCCAAAUGCGCAAGAAGUUCGAAAAGAAGCUGUACUCGCUGCGAGAUGAAAUCUUGAUGCUGCGUCAACAGCAAGAACAACAACAGCAGCAGCAGCAAAAGAAGGAGCCUUCUACUGCAGCAUUGCCUUCAACAACUGCCGCUGCUUACAGCAUGAACAGUAUUCGCCAUGCCUACGAAGCCAAGAUGAAGACCCUUAUGAGCCAAUUAUCUGAGCUACGUCGUAAGUAUAGCCAGACAUCAAGCACCAUGCAGAGCUCCCGCAACCAAAAUGAAAGCAUGCUGCGUGCCUUGCGUGUCAAUGUAGAGAGUCUCAAGGUGGAGAAACGUCGCAUGAUCAAGCGCAUGAAGGAUGAAGCUGAACGUGUCAAGGAAAAGCUGCACAACCAUGAACGUGAGAUUCAACAACUACGCCGUAAACAAAUGAAGGACAAUGAAGUCAAGAAGAGACUGGAGCGCGAAGUUAAGCAAAUGCAACUGGUCAUUGGCAAAAAGACAGACGAGUCUGUGGUCACUGCUGAAAAGCUCAAGUCCUUGGUCAAAAUCCUCAAAAAGGCUGUUCGCGAAGGCGGUGUGCUGGAUGAAAAACUGCUGGCUAGCUGUGGCUCUCUGCUAGAUAUUGGCUCUGCUUUGGUUCAGUCUUCUCGUGUGGGUCGCAUGUCUCGCAACAGACGCAAUAACAGCAAUAACAGAAACACCCGUUGUCGUCUGCAACAACAGAGCGUGCCAGCUGAAGUCAGAGCUGCUAAAAAGAAGACGCUCUUGGACAACGCCUUGUAUCAGCUCAUUCAAGGCAAGCAAGCAGUGGAAGAAAUGAAGCAACUCCUGGCCAAGCGCAGCGACCUCUCCCAAAGAAAGAUUGAAUACCUCUCUGAACGCGAAUUGCUAAUGCUGGAUCAAGAUACCAAGGAUCUAUCUUCCAUUGAUAACGCGUUUAGACAAGUCAUUGAUGAAAACAUCGAGACAGUAGAGGCUGAAAUCUCCUAUAUCAAUGCUCGCAUUCAUGCCAUCCACAACGAUGCUGCUGCUGAAAUCAUGCAAGAAGACGAGAACGACGAGGAGGUCAUUGACAUGUCACAAAAGCAGAAGCGAGUAACCUUUGUUGAAGCACAAGUGCAAGAGGAAGAGGAGGAGGAAGACAAUUGGCAUGACAUGGACGCCUUGGAAGAGCGCUACAGUCUCCCUGCCAGUGCUGGUCCCGAGCAAUCACUGGAAAUGAUAUCCAAGAUAUUCAGAUCUUUGGCUGAUGAUGAGGCAAGAUACAUCAUGGAAAACAUCAUUGAUGAUAUGGUCCUGCUGCGCAUGGAAGAGCACAACAACAAGAUGUCAAUUCAGCAACUGGAAAAGUCCACACAAGAUUUGAGACGCACACUGAUUGUGAUGAAGAAGGCUGCUAUUGACACCACCAUUGAGAAUGAAAAGAAAUUGAAGCGUUUGUCCAUGCAACAGCAACAGGGUGGUAGCAACAGCAGUGUUUAUUCCACUGGUGGUGGUGGAUCACGUCGUACGUCUAUGUCAAGAGAGUACUCUAGCUCCAAGAUGAGUUGUCGAUCAUCUCCUACCAACGAAGACUCCAGUGACGCUGAUUCUGCUAUUGAUUUGCACAACGAAGAUCAGUACCAGCAUGUGGAAACCAUGUUUGAAAAGAUUUACACGGACGGUCUCAAUGGAAAAGUGCCUACUUAUGAAUAUGGUGUCGCCAUGGCAGAAGCAACGGCACCGGUGAUUAUGGCAGAAAAUGAAUUGAGCCCCUAUCUGCGUCCACAUCCUGUCACCAAUGCAAAUAGUGCUAAUGGUGGUCUAGCUGGAAGCGGACCCAAGACUGGCAAAUCCACAGUACAAGCGCCCAUGAAACCGUCCACAUCUCCUCUAGUCAGUCGUCGCCGAGAUUCCAUGUCCUCUCCAGAGCAAUUCUUGCUGCAGUUCCUUCAAACACCCAAAGAUGUGCGUCCACCUUCUUCUCCUCUCAUGAAGCCUGCCGAAUUUACCAGAUAUCAACAUGAGCGUGAGUCAUCUACCAACUCCUCUAUGCGCAACCGAAGUCUACCACCCAGUAUUCCAAGACGCUCUUCGCUGCAAUCGGAUAAUGGCUCGUGGUGCUCUAUCUACUCCUCUAAUCAUGGCUACAGCCAGCAAAUGAUUCGUGCUUCCUCUGGCUGUAGUGGUGCAAGUAGACUCUCUGGUUCUGUAGCACCUAAUGAACCACAGCCACUUCAACAACAACAACAACCUCCUCAACCACCUACUACGAUACUCAAUCGUAGAAGAGCCUUCUCGUUCCAACAACCACCAUCCCCCACGCCAAACGCAGGACCUCAUCCUAUGCGUAGACGCUCUUUGCUUCGCGAAUUGACAAAUCCUGAAAUCGAUCAAAUAGCCAACAAAGAUUACUCUUAUCAUGACACUGCUCUGAUUCCUACAUUCAGUAGCAACAAUCAGAGUCAGCAACAGCAACCCAACAGCACGGUGCGCCCUCAUUCAGUGCUUGCUCUUCACGCUGCUGCUGCUGCUUCUGCACCCAGACCUACCAGUAAGGCCUCUACCGUCUAUCCCAAUGUACGAAGAGAAUCGCCCAACAACUCGUUUGAAUUGAGAAAAUCUGCAGCUGCCAACAAUGUUUUUGAUCGCUUGUCUUCGGGUCAUACACAUGCCUCUCAAGCUAAAAAGAGGCUGGGUAAUUAUCAUCGCUAUUCAUCGAGUAGUAUUGAUGACUUGAGAAUGCAAUGGGCAAAUGAACUAGCAGAGAGAAAUGACGAGCAGUAG